GUUCGUUUAUCCAAUCCGACGCUCUACACCAGGGGUGGGGAACCUCCGGCCUCACGGCCCUCGAGGUGAGGCUCUGAUCUUCCCAGAAGAGCGCCACACUGUCAAGAUGCUUUGCAGAUUGAGUAACAAUGGAGCUCUCAUUUCCCUGCUGUGCAUCGCUGCCUUUGCCCUGAUGUAUAUAUCUUCUUCUUCAUGGAGUUCAUCUGUGUAUUUCCUCGGACGUCAGAGCUCAAGUCUUUGUGCCUGUGACAAGUGUUUAAGAGAGGCUGAUCUAUGCAUUGGGGAGCGUAUCAAUGAGUCUCCGAAGCCUUUUUUGUCAAGAAAAUAUGGAAUUUCAGAGGAAGAUUACGAUUGGUGGAAGAACAUAUAUCGGGAAGGUCAUGACUUCAGUGUCUACAAUACAACAGUGGACAAACUGUUCCAGAUGUUCCCACACAUUGCAGAUGUUGCAGAAUCCAACAAUAAACGCUGCACGACUUGUGCUGUGGUGGGGAAUUCUGGUAAUUUGAAGCGAUCACACUAUGGACCUCUCAUAGACUUUCAUGAUAUCGUAAUAAGAAUAAACCGUGGCCCUACCAAAGGCUAUGAAGCAGAUGUUGGGACUAAAACGACUCAUCGAGUAAUGUAUCCGGAGAGUGCAUCUCAUUUGGACAACGCCACUAGUCUUGUGCUGUUUCCAUUCAAAAUGAAGGAUUUUCUGUGGCUCAUUGACGCCUUCAAACAAGGGAAAAACAGUGCCGUGAACUCAAAGAGGAGAGCAAACAAGGAUUUGGUGAUGAUCCUCAAUCCAGCUCUCAUGAAAUAUGUUCAUGACAUUUGGUUAGAAGAAAAGGGCCAUCAUCCAUCCUCUGGCUUUUUGACUUUGGCUCUCAGCAUGCAAAUAUGUGAUGAAAUUGAUAUGUUGAUGGCUGCAAUGCACCUAAAAUACGAUGAUGAAUUGGCAAGAAAGAAGAAAACUGCUAGGCAAUUGUUACGACCCGGCUCGGCAAGGGAAAAGGGAGUAACAUACAACCAGAUGUUUUAUGGUAAAUAA